AUGGUUACACUUUUUCAUGAUAUGAUGCAUAAAGAAAUAGAGGUGUAUGUUGAUGAUAUGAUUGCAAAAUCCAAGGCAGAUGAAGAUCAUACAACCAUACUCAAAAAAUUAUUUGAUCGGUUGAGAAAAUGUCAAUUGAAAUUAAAUCCAUCCAAAUGUACAUUUAGGGCAACCUCGGAAAAGCUACUAGGAUUCAUCAUCAGUGAAGAAGGGAUUAAAGUAGACUCAGAUAAAGUGAGGGCUAUCAUGGAAAUGCCAUCCCCUAAAACAGAAAAAGAAAUUCGAGAUUUUCUUGGAAGAUUGAACUACAUAUCCAGAUUUAUCUCAUAUUUAACAACAACAUGCGAACCAAUCUUCAAGCUCUUACGUAAAAACAACCCAAGAAAAUGGAAUGAGGAUUGUGAAGAAGCUUUCAACAAAAUUAACCAGUAUUUGCAGAGCCCACCAGUACUGAUACCUCCAGCUUCAGGGCGACCGUUAAUCUUGUAUUUAACAGUAUUAGAAAGUUCCAUGCGUGGUGUUCUAGGACAACAUGAUUUAUUAAGGAAGAAAGAGCAUGCCAUUUAUUAUUUGAACAAAAAGUUUACCGAUUAUGUGUCUAGAUACUCAAUGUUAGAGCGAACUUGUUGUUCUUUGGUAUGGAUCACUCAUCGUUUGAGGCAAUAUAUGUUAUACCACACAACAUGGUUUAUUUCAAAAAUGGAUCCAAUAAAGCACAUUUUUAAAAAACCAUCAUUAUCUGAAAGGAUUGCAAAAUGGCAAGUUUUGUUGUCAGAGUAUGAUAUUGUUUAUGUUACUAAAAAAGUAAUAAAGGGAAGCGCACUUGCCGAUCAUUUAGCUGCUCAACCAGUAGCAGAUUACGAGCCUAUGAGGAUUGAUUUUCCAGAUGAAAACAUAUUUCUAGUUGAAAAGAAUGCUAGAGAUCAUGAGACAUGGACUAUGCUUUUCGAUGGUGCCUCAAAUGAGUUGGAACAUGGGAUUGAAGUUGUGCUAAUUUCUCCAGAAGGAAAGGUUUUCCCCCUAACGGCCAAGUUAUGUUUUGAAUGCACUCACAAUAUCGCUGAACAUGAAGCUUGCAUUAUGGGACUUCAAGUAGCAUGCGAUAUGAGUAUUAAAAAGUUGAAAGUUUUGGAUGACUCGAUGUUAGUGAUACAUCAAGUCAAGGAAGAAUGUGAAACAAGAGAUGCUAAAUUGGUGCCUUACAGCCAAUAUGUUAUAAAAUUGUCUCAAAAUUUUGAGAAGAUUUCAUUUGACCAUGUUCCUAGGGAAGACAAUCGAAUGACAGAUGCAUUAGCCAUCUUGGCAGUGAUGUUUGAUCUUAAUCUUGAAUUUGAACUUCAUCCAAUCCAAAUUACAAAGCGAGAUGUGCCAGCAUACUGCAUGAAUGUUGGAAAUGAUAACAAGCCAUGGUAUUUUGACAUUAAGGAAUACAUAAAGUGUAGAGAAUAUCCAUAUGAAGCUUUAGAGAAUGACAAACGCACAAUAAGGAGGUUGGCCAUGAACUUUUUCUUAAGUGGUGAAGUUCUUUAUAAAAGAAACCACGAUAUGGUGCUUCUUCGGUGUGUUGAUGAGGAGGAAGCAAAACAAAUUAUGACAGACAUUCAUGAAGGAAUAUGUGGAACACAUGCUAAUGGACAUACGAUGGCUAGACAAAUACUUAGAUCUGGUUAUUAUUGGACAACGAUGAAAUCAGACUGA